UGGUAUGCAGUGAGUGAUCUCUACCUGCCCACUUCACGUAUUUGGUGGGGCGGGCGCCUCAAUGAAUUUGUAAUGCUACUAGCAUCUAUCAUUGCUGAUACUUCCACGUCAUUUAUAUCGCCCCUUCUAAGGCCUGGUCGACAGAUGUCAACACAGUGAGCCACAGCGUUAUUUUCAGAUUGCGAAUAUUCCAGACGUAGAGUAAUCAAAAGUAUAAAAGCAAAGCAGAAUAGUACGACGUUCAGAACAUCAGCAGAUCAUCACUGACUCCAGCUAGCUAGUAAGAUUCUAAGAAGCGAGCAUCAAGUAGCACAAGUACCUAGAGACAGUACAUUUCACAUUGCAGCAUGUCUUUCCACCAUCCAAUGAUGCCAUUUACCCCAGGCAGGCUUCCCAUCUUUUGGGAUACCACUCCAUUUGGGUAUGGUUCACCCUUUGACCGUGACUUUGACCGCCACAGGUGGACAGUGGGCAACUGGAGUGCAAUGCCCCCUGAAAUGGCCCACCAGUGGCGCCAGUUUGACCGUCAGAUGAAUCAAAUGAGUGAAGAUAUGCGUCGCAACACGUAUGGUGGCCUGCACCAUUUAACGCCUUACCCCAGCAUCGGAGCACCACAUAUGUCCACAACAUCAGCUCUAACGUUUCCAGAAUUUCCAGAAGCACGCAGACUGACUGAAAACAAGAGCAUAGACUUUCCUGUGGUUGAAGAGGGCGGACGUAAAAAGUUCAAAGUCCAGUUUGAUGUCCACCAAUUCAGACCUGAAGAGCUGAUCGUCAAGACGUCAGGAAAUACUGUAACAGUCCAUGCAAAACAUGAGGAGAAAGCAGAGGGUAGACAUCAGUAUGCUGAGUACAUGAAGACCAUCUCCCUUCCCGAAGGAGUGGAUGCCACUAGUCUUAUGUCUACCCUUCGCCAUGACGGCGUUCUAGCCCUGGAGGCCCCCCUGCCAGAAUCGAUGAGCCAUAUCAAGCCAAAGGAGCGACCAAUUGCUAUCCAACAUCAUUAGAAGAACACUUUUCUAGUUCCAUAAUUAAAGGUGAAAAAAUUGGCAAAAAAGGCCCAUGAUUGUUGAUUCGUGAGACUAAAAUUAGAACAGUGUUCAUUGUGUUUGCUUUGGUACUGAGAAGAAUUGGAAUUUGAAUCAAAAGAUUUCAACAACUUGUUGAGGUAAAGUGCUGAUUAAUAUUACAGUGGUUUUUCAGUGUCAUAAAGUAAGAUAUGAGCUUCAUCUGCACAAAUAUUUGAUUAAAGACAUUUUCAUCUAUGUAUUCUAUAAAGGCAUUGUGUAUUCAUGAGCUUGAAGAAAAACGAGUAUCUAAUUAUUUUGCAAGGAAAAAAGAAAUGCUGAGAAUCAAAAAAUUUUACUUUUGUAUUUUUUUAAGUGUGUGUUGGAUGGGUUGGA